CCCAUCCCAUGAUGCAUUUGCUUCCAUGGAUGAUGCAGCAGAUACCGCUACGGCGGGUAGGCGGGGGGACUGCGAGGACGAGAGCGACGUGGUAACCAGCAUAAAUGGCCUCCCGCCGUGACCCAGGGAUCCGCAGUCGACGUUACCAAUCCACACAAUGUCUUUUCUCUCCAAUGUUACCGCAAACUCAGCCAAUGGAACCUCCAACGGCAUCUCCAAUGGCUCUUCAAACAGGCGUCUGGAGUCAUCCGGCGGUGCAAAUAGUAGUAGCAGUAGUAGUAGACGACCCGUCCGCAUCGCCGGCGCAUCAGGCGGCUUCUCCGACCGCCAGCGCGCCAUCAGCUCCCUCGCAAAGCUCGACGUCGACGUCAUUGUCGGCGACUGGCUGUCCGAAUGCACCAUGACGCUGCACGGCGCGCAGAAGGUCGACAACGAGAAGCUGCGCCGGGAGGGGAGGUUGUCGGGGGGUGAGCCGGCUGGCCUCUUCGAUCCGACGUUUGUGGAGAAUCUCGCCCCUGCCCUUCCCGAUAUUGCCAGGAAGGGGAUCAAAGUCGCGGUCAAUGCCGGAGCGUCAGACACGUUGCUUCUGGCGAAGACGGUGGAAGAGGAGGUCAGGAGGCAGGGGUUCGCUUUGAAGGUUGCGUAUGUGGUGGGGGAUGAGGUCACGGACACGGUGAAUAGACUCAUCAAGCAAGGGGAGGUUUUCACGAGUUUGAUGACGGGCGAGGCGCUCGAGGACUGGGGUUACAUGCCCAUCUACGCGCAGUGUUAUCUAGGCGGCGCGGGCAUCGCAGAGGCGUUGAACAAUGGUGCCGACAUUGUGAUCUGUGGCCGCGUUGCUGAUGCUGCACCCGCUGUUGGAGCUGGAAUGUGGUGGCACGGAUGGAACCGGGAUAAAGACUUCGACCAGAUCGCGGGCAGCCUCAUCUGCGGUCAUCUCAUCGAGUGUGCUGCGUACGUCUGCGGCGGCUACUUCUCCGGCUUCAAGAGCUUGAUGGACGGCUGCACCAAUCUUGGUUUCCCAAUCGCCGAGCUGUAUGCGGACGGUAGCUGUGCGAUCAACAAAGAGCCUGACACUGGCGGCGAAGUCUCAGUCGGCACCGUCGCCUCGCAGCUCCUGUACGAGGUCCAAGGACCGCUGUACUUCGGCUCCGACGUGACGGCAAACCUCGAAGGUGUCGUGAUGACGCAGGAGGGUGAAAACCGUGUGAGAGUCACUGGCGUCAAGGGGCUUCCGCCUCCAACCACCACGAAAGUCGGAAUGACAGCUUUCGGAGGCUAUCAAGCCGAGUUCCACGUCUACAUUUGCGGCAUCGAUCUCGAAGCCAAGGCUGAGUGGAUCGAGAAGCAAGUGCGAUACUCGGCUGGGGACGCAGCUAAGGAACUGUCGUGCUUCAAGUUCAGUCUGAAUGGGUACUGUCCGGACAAUCCACGGAACCAAGACGUUGCGACCUGCGAUUUGAGAAUCUUCGUUCAGACGAAGAACAAGAAGUUGGUGGACAAAUCCACACUAGACGUGCCUGGAUUCAACCGCUGGUGCAUGGACAAUGGUCUCCAGGGUUGCCCAGGUUGGACGCUAGGGAACGAUCAGCGCCAGUCAGAGGGAAAAGUGUACUAUGAGUACUACGUCUCGUUACUCCCACAGUCUGAAGUUCAACAUCGUGUCGUGCUGCCAUGGUUAGACAAUAAGACUAUCGAUGUGCGUCCAUCGCUAGGACUCAAAGAAUAUCCCCGCGACCAGCUAAGCUACGAAACAAAGGACCCCGUAGAUUUGAAACAAUACGGCCCAACUACGCGCGGUCCUCUAGGUUGGGUCGUGGGUGGUCGAUCUGGUGACAAGGCAUCCGAUGCCAAUGUUGGAUUCUACGUCCGGCACGAUGAUGAAUGGGACUGGCUGCGAUCAUUGCUUACCAUUGACAAGAUCAAACACCUGCUUGAUGAGGAGUACAAAGGGGGCAAGAUCGAGCGCUUUGAGAUUCCUGGAAUCAGAGCAGUGCAUUUCCUGCUCAGGGAUCAUCUUGAUCGUGGAUUCAACUCGACAAGCACAUACGACACACUAGGGAAGAAUGUCUGCGAGUACCUACGAGCGAAGUGGGUGGAUAUACCUAAUAAGUUUCUGUCACGAGGUCGGUUCUGAGCGUCUGCUGUAGCCAUUUUUUCACUCGAUAAUACUUCUACGUGAAACAUAGCACGCUCCCUUACUAUGUUUCCCAACAUGAUAGCAAUGUAAUUCGUGUGGUCCGUGUUGCAAAUCAGCACUGGUCGCUUAACCUUUUCCUG